GUUCCCAGGGGACGUUUGUUCGCCGGGUUUCCUAUGCACAAACAAAACUUUCCUGCCAUCCUGGGCAAUAUUGGGUUCUGGAGUGCUUUGACAACCCCCUGAAAUAUUGACAUUUCUUAGUUUUUCACCAAGAGGGAAAUAAAGUGUUCUUGGCAGGAUGUACAGCUUCAUGGGUGGUGGGUUGUUCUGCGCUGGAGUCGGGAACAUUCUCCUCAUCAUCUCCACAGCAACUGAUUACUGGAUGCAGUAUCGUCACUCCAACAACUAUAUGCAUCAGGGCUUAUGGCGAUACUGUGUGCCAGGGAAAUGCAUGACACACACAGAUAGCAUUGCGUACUGGGACGCCACCCGUGCCUUUAUGAUCCUCUCCCUGCUGGCCUGUUUCAUUGGUAUCGUGAUCGGAGUCAUGGCCUUCAUCCAUUACUCCUCCUUCGAUGGGUUUGACAAGACGUUUGCUGCCGGCAUCCUCUUCUUCAUUUCCUGUUUCUUUGUACUGCUGGCGAUGGCUGUGUACACUGGGGUGACGGUAAACUAUUAUGGGAAACGAUAUGGGAACUGGCGCUUCUCCUGGUCCUACAUCAUGGGUUGGGUGGCCGUGGUCCUCACCUUUUUCUCAGGUAUCUUCUACAUGUGUGCCUACCGGAUGCAUGAAUGCCCUAGAAACUCCAACUCCCGCUGAUCUGACAAAACACACACACUCACACAUUCAUCAAGAACGACAAUGAUGAAGUCUUAUUCCUGUUACCUCGCUUUUCAGAUCUACCUACGUCAUUUCCUGUUUACCUGACAGCUAUUGAAUAAGCAAAAUAAAAAGGGUAAAAC